AAGAAGAAGGAAUCCUACUCCAGUAAAAAGUUGGAAGAAGGAAUUCUACUACAAUAAGGAGUUGGAAAAUUUUCUUUGAAUUCUGUUGAAAUAAGGAAAUAGCAAUUUUGUUUAUCCUUCCUAAGUUAGCAAUCCUGCUACAUUAAGGAAUAGUCAAAUCAAUUCCUACUAGGAAGUGCUUGAACUGAUCUAUUCAUUUUAAUUUGUUUGGGUUGGUUUUUUUAUUGCUUUUCUUGGUCGUUCCUUUGUGUGUUUCUGUUUCCUUUAACUCUUGCAGAUUUGUUGGAGUUAGAUUGCUACAAAAUAAGUUGAAUUGAGCUUGUUUAGUUCAAUAACGAACUAAAAGAGGAAAGUUGAGUGAGGGAAAAAGGCAAGAGGUGUGAGCAAUACUUGAGAGAAAAGCCAAGUUCUAUAGUGUGCAAAACACGAGCGUUGAGUGCCAUUCUGUGAGAGAGUGGAGUGAAACAGGUAAGGGAGUGUUGAGAGGUCUUUUUAUUUUCUGUUUCUAACAUUCCUUGCAGGUUUCAAUCAUGUCAAGCGGUGAUGACAGAAAACAGCAAGUGGAUGAUUCCUUCAUGCUCAAAGCUAUGCAACAACAAUUUCAGAGGCUAGACAUCAUGUUUGGUGAAAUUAAAGACAAAAUGGAAAAGAAAGAUGCAGCCAUUGCCAAGUUAUACCAACUACAGAAUGGAAGUCCAAAUUUGCAUAAUCACGAUCUUGAUGACAAUGAUGAAGAUGCAUUCAAUGAUGAUGCCCAGAACUCAAAUUUUAGCAUGGACAGAUUUAUGAGAGGUAGAAGGGGUCAAAGAUAUAGAUUUAACAAAGGAGACCAAAAUCUGGCAAGGUGGGGAGAUCGGCAAGAUCAUGACUAGGCAGCAUCAAGAUGAGGAUUCCUCCAUUUCAAGGCAAAAAUGAUCCAGAUGUGUAUUUGGAGUGGGAAAAGAAGGUGGAAUAUGCCAUUGAUGGAGAACUGCUUGUCACUAGGCGAGCUUUGAAUGUGCAAGCCAAAGAAGAUGAUGAAGUACAAUGUGACAAUAUAUUUCAUACGAGGUGCCAUGUCAAAAACAAGGUAUGUAGUGUGAUUAUUGAUGGUGGUAUUUGUACUAAUGCAGCUAGCACUAUUUUAGUUGAAAAGCUUAAUUUACCUAUGAUGAAUCAUCCAAGGCCAUAUAAGUUGUAGUGGUUAAACGAUUGUGGAGAAAUCAAGGUAAAUAAGCAAGUUCUGGUUUC